AGGGAAACUUUUGACCUUCCAGGAAGAGGUAGAACAACAACGGAUGACGUGGGAAGUUGUUCUCAGACGACUUCAUUUUAUGGAUCUCAGCUGAGUUCACUUGGUAGCCAUAAUGGGAGGCGGGACAAUAGUAUAUCAACAUCUGGAUUUCCCAAGAAGAAUGAAGAAUCAAGCAACAAACCUAACCGUAAGCGGCUGAAGCCUGGAGAAAAUCCUAGGCCUAGGCCCAAGGAUCGCCAAAUGAUCCAAGAUCGCGUGAAGGAGUUGCGCGACAUUGUACCAAAUGGAGGCAAGUAUUGAUGCUCUUCUUGAACGCACCAUUAAGCAUAUGCUUUUCCUGCAAAGUGUUACCAAGCAUGCCGACAAGCUCAAGCAUACUGCGGA